AUGACUAAAUGUGAUAUCUGCAACAAAGUUAUAACCACCAAGGUACCUGGACUGGAAUGUAGAUCCUGUAGCAAGGUGAUUCAUGCUAGUAAAGCUUGCUGUGGUCUAAACGCGAAGCAACUUUCAGCGCUUCGUAAUGCGGAUAGACUAGACUGGACAUGUGACGAAUGCCAUCAAAAUACACCUAACAGAAAAUCAUCCUUUAUUAUACCGGAAGAAGAUAAUGAAGAUGAUGAUGUCGUGGUCUCUGACAAAAACUCAGGCAACUAUGUGAUAGACACAGAGAAGUUUUUAAAGGAAAUCACAGCAGAAAUGUAA